CAGGUUUGGCCACAACGCAAAAAUCGUCCAUUUCAUCGGAGCAGAGAAACCGUGGAGCUGCGGCAGUCAGCGGAGCGACAGCUGCUCACACGUCACGGAGCAGUUUGUGUCUCUGUGGUGGAGGGAAUACCUCAGUCACGCACCGUCACCUGCACCAGAGAAACCACAACAGAUCCAAGAACCAGAAGCCAAGAUGCCAUUUACAGAAAACUUGGACUGCUCCAAUUCACUGCUCGCACAUUUUUCACCCCCUUCGGAGAUGCUCCAUUCACCAUCUGAACCAGAGAGACGUUUCAGCACAGAAAACACAGCGUUUAAGGAAGACUCAAAAACUACUGAGAAGACAGAGAUCCAGGACCCAGAUUUUGGAGCAGAAGGGAUGGAGAGAAGUGCUUGUGCCUCAGACACCGAUACUUAUACACAAACUCAGAGGGCUGUAGACGCAGAGGCGGAGCGGUUGGAGCAUCGCAGGCUGUGGGAGGUUGGCCGGGCUGACUACCUGGGCCGAGAUGCCUUCGAGAACAUCCAGAAGAUGCUGGACCGCUUCCUGGAUUAAUCGGCAACAGAGUGGUAACAGCCUGAUGUCAGAGUUUUAACUGGCUAUUUGUUUGUAAUGGAAAAAGACAGAAUUUUUUAUCUAUGAAGUCUUGGGGUAUCAAGGUUCUGGGCUCAGUGAUAGAAACCGUUUGACCCAAUGGUCCGGGGUAUAUCGAGACUGAUCUGGUGAAACUAACAAAGACUUAAACAAUUUUCACCUAUUUUUCUCCAAACAACUACAAUUACCUCCUUGCCUCAAGUUACCAGUCGAGUUACAAUACGGUUAACAUCUUCUGUAAGUUUCAAGAUUAGUGUCACCAAUAAAAAAACUCUUCUUUCUGUUCUUA